AAAAUCUGCCACGAAAGAGAACAUGUUUCGGAUAAUUCAACUUUUAAUACUUCCGACUUUAGGUUUCGCGUUUUAUGGAGGUAUGAUGAUGCCUAUGGGUGGCAUGGGAUUUGGGUGGCCAAUGAGUGGAUAUGGAAUGAUGGGCGGCAUGGGAUAUGGAGGAUAUGGAGGAUAUGGUUUUGGCGGAUAUCCAUUGUAUGGGUCAAUGAUGUAUGGGACCGGAUCACCGUGGGCUGCUGGAGGAGGGCUCGUAGGAAAUGCUUUGUCAUUCCUUGUUGGAUAAGCAAAUUAGAUAGAUCCGUUGACCCAGUCUUCAUCUGUAACCAACAACUUUAUUGCCUUUUUUGUAUCCGUCACUCUGAUUUUAUGCAGACUGAAUCGCAUGUAAGUAGCAUUGCAUGACGUUGGAGCGCGGGGGUGGUUUGCGCUUUUGGUUAUAAUCCGAUACAAUCGACUGAUCCUUCAUCAGUUUUUUUUUGUGAAAGAGCGACCCCUUUUUAGCGGAAAUGCCACUUUCAUCGCCACAGGAAUGUUCAUGCAAAAGGAUCAAAAACAGAUAAAUGCCCCACGCAGCCAACAGCAUUGUCACUUUGUGCGCUACUUCAUCGGGAUCACGAUAUGUCGCGAUUUUUGUUGUUGACAUUGACGUAAUAUACUUGGUAAAUCAGCUCAUUUACUAAGUUUGUUGUUGCUUUAUUUGCUACAAGGUGACACACCCGGCUCCGCCUUCCUGUCCACUCUAUAAUAAAUAUUCUCCUAUUUCUGUACAGCAUUCUCCUGUUCCGGUCCGUUUAUGUAUGCCAGUUCCUAUCCCAUUAUGUUUUUGUGAUCAGUGUACUAACUCAAACCUGUGUCAGUUCCCAGUCCCUUAGCUCAAAGUUUGCAAGAUAAAAUUGAUAUUCAUCGAUGCCGUUGUUAGCGUUCGCAAUUUUAAGAUACAUCAUCUAAACGAG